AUGCGUCAGCAGCAUUCAAGCUCAGAAAACAGUCGUGGUCAGAUAGAACAUCUUGACCAUCGUUCCCAUGUCAUGGUUCAGCUCAUGUUUAAGCCGUGCUUACCAGAAGAACUGGAAACUGUCAGAGCUCAACUGGACGUUAUACCCUUAAUUUUUCUUCCCAUCGCAAUCUUUCCUCAACAACAGGAUUUCAGGCAGGAGGCUGAGAGAUGGCGAUUUGAUUCCCAGUCUCAUGAGAGAAGGAGGGAGCAGAGACGAAGCAGAAGGAAGAAACAUCAAAGGCCUACUCUUCGUUUCCACCAAAUGCAGGGGGCUAUAGAAGAUGUGCUUGGGAACAAACUGAAAUUCCCAUUCACCACUGUUGUUUAUGCAAGAGGAAGAGACCAAACGUUCAGGGAAGAAAUCACAUCUUUCAUUUGGUACUUUAACAGCUCAAAACCGAUGGUAGUAUCUCAAUUAUUUCUGCACGUGAAUGAGCCAUCGGUGAUUCCAGCAUUCUUCGCUGCACUACAGACUGCUUGUUUUGCUGGAGUAACCGUAACAGAGAAACGCAACACUGCCUGUGCUGUGCGGCCAUCUGUCACAGAGCAGCGAUACAAGACUACCAUCAGCUGUGGCAAUGGAACUUACACAGCAAGACUUGUGUUUCUUAUGGGAGUACGUGCCCCCAGCUGCUUCGGCUACCCCUUGAGCAUCUUCUUCAUCGUCAUCAAUGAGUUCUGCGAGCGGUUCUCCUACUAUGGCAUGCGAGCGGUGCUCGUUUUGUAUUUCAAAUAUUUCCUGCAGUGGGAUGACAACUUGUCUACAGCCAUCUACCACACGUUUGUUGCUCUGUGCUACUUGACACCGAUCCUCGGAGCGCUCAUUGCGGACUCUUGGCUGGGAAAAUUUAAGACCAUUGUCUCCCUGUCCGUUGUCUAUACGAUUGGGCAGGCAGUCAUGGCUGUGAGCUCCAUAAAUGACCUGACGGAUCACAACCGGGAUGGCUCUCCCGAUAUUGUAACAGUGCACAUUGCUCUGUCCAUGGUUGGCUUGAUCCUCAUUGCACUUGGUACUGGUGGGAUCAAACCUUGUGUGUCAGCGUUUGGUGGAGAUCAGUUUGAAGAUGAUCAGGAAAAACAAAGAACUAGAUUCUUCUCUAUCUUUUAUUUGUCCAUUAAUGCUGGAAGUCUCCUAUCUACUAUAAUCACCCCAAUUCUCCGAGCUCAAGAGUGCGGCAUUCAUAGCAAACAGCGAUGUUACCCACUAGCUUUUGGAGUUCCUGCUGCCCUCAUGGCUGUUUCCUUGGUUGUGUUCAUAAUUGGAAGCGGCAUGUACAAGAAAGUUAAACCUCAAGGCAAUAUAAUGAUUCAAGUUUCCAAAUGCAUUGGAUUUGCCAUCAAAAACCGGUUUCAGCAUCGCAGCAAGGCGUUCCCCAAGAGAGAGCACUGGCUAGACUGGGCGAGUGAGAAGUAUGACAAACGAUUGAUUGCUCAGACUAAGAUGGUGUUGAAGGUGCUUUUCCUUUACAUCCCCCUCCCCAUGUUCUGGGCACUUUUUGACCAGCAGGGAUCAAGAUGGACACUGCAAGCCACAACAAUGGAUGGGAAUUUUGGAUCUAUUCAGAUUCAGCCAGACCAAAUGCAGACUGUGAAUCCAAUCCUGAUUGUUAUAAUGGUCCCAGUUGUAGAUGCUGUGGUUUAUCCUUUAAUUAAGAAAUGCAAGAUCAAUUUUACGCCCCUGAGGAAGAUCACUGUUGGUAUGUUCCUUGCAGCUUUGGCUUUUAUUGCUGCUGCCCUUGUGCAAGUGCAAAUAGAUAAAACUCUUCCAGUUUUCCCUGCAGCUGGGCAAUCCCAAAUCAAAAUAAUAAAUCUAGGUCCUGAUAGUGUGACAGCUCAGUUUGAACCUCAACUUAAGAAUGUGACUGUAAUGUCUAUGGAGUCGACGAGCUACAUGACAUUUGAGACUUCUCAGUUGAAGUCAUUAAAUAUAAGCUCCGGAGGAAAAGUUACUACAUUUACCGAUUUGCCAGGGGGAAACCGUGCUACUCUUGGAAUUAAAACUAAUGCGGCAAACAUUGAUGUUAGAAGGCUGUCUGAAGAUGCCAUGUCAAAACCAGAAGAAGGAAAUAAUCUCAUCAGGUUCAUAAACAAUUUGCCCAAUACUAUCAACGUGACUAUGGGUGGCACUUCUUUUGGAGUACUGACGUCUCUUUCUGCCAGUAACUACAGCCUCUUUCCAGGAGGAAGAAAAGAUGAGAUUACAGUUAUUACAAAUGCAAUGUCUUGUUCACGUACUUCAGAAGCACUUGGAUUUGGCAGUGCCUACACAAUUGUAAUUGACAAGUGUUCUGGAGGCAUUCUUAAUGUAGCAUAUUCUGAAGAUAUUCCACCCAACACAGUCCAUAUGGCUUGGCAGAUCCCUCAGUAUUUUAUUCUUACAUGUGCAGAAGUGGUCUUCUCUGUCACUGGCCUGGAGUUUUCAUACUCACAGGCCCCAUCGAACAUGAAGGCAGUGCUGCAGGCAGGAUGGCUCCUAACGGUGGCUGUCGGUAACAUAAUUGUCCUUAUUGUGGCUGGAGCAUCCAAACUCAGUGAGCAGUGGGCAGAGUAUGUGCUGUUUGCUGCCUUGCUGUUUGCAGUUUGCAUCAUUUUUGCUGUCAUGGCUUAUUUUUACACCUAUGUUGAUCCAAAUGAGAUUGAAGCCCAGCUUGAUGAGGACGAAAAGAAAGAAGUUGAAAAGGAUCAAGAUGUCUGUGAAAAGAAAGAUGAAGCUGACUCUCAGAUGUGA